GCUGCCAAAAUAUGGCGCUGUCAUAUCGGAUAAGAAUAUUUCUAAUACAAGUUUUAUUUGUAUCCAUCAUUGAUCAAGUUUUGCCGGAUAGGACGAGCCUGAAGAUAUAUCAACCUAUCCAGGCCGAAUUCUACUGUUUCCGAAGACUUAACGGGACACACGAAUUUGGAUGUUCGUCUGAGAGGAGUGGGAACGUUGGCGUAAUUCACGUUGUGUCGACCGAAGAGGAUGUCCAGUUUAUUCUUGAUGAUGACAGCGGCGUCAAAUACAUUGCUGCUCUCCGCUCGGAUUUCUUCAACAUGGGUAACAUGACAAAGCUCCAAGACUCUGGCCGGGUUACCGGUGUAAUUGUGCUACGGAGUAGGCAAGACCUCCCAGAAGAAGGCUUUUCGCCAGACAGCACAUGUCCAAAUGAUGGCUUUGGCCUGUACAGUGACCACAACCAGUACUCUGGUUGUAAAAAGGUUUCCUGGAAUGCCAAGAAUCCGGGUACCGACAUGUUUUUCACUCGCUGGAACUUUCCAAUCUUCUUGGUUGAUAAUGAGACAAGUAUUGACAUUAUCGUCAAUAAGUGUUUCAAUAGCUACAACCUGCCCACGAAAGGUACGCAUGAGCGCAAGUGGCCCCUGUGUGCAGCCCAGCUUAGAAGCAGGAUGAGCGCAGCCAAAGACAGUGUCACCUGCAUUAGGCGGAGUGAGAACUUGGUGACCAUGAACCCUUUGCGCUACUGUGAUCCUCUCACAGAUAGAAAUGUUAUCUCUACACUGUACCCCACAUCCAAUGAAAAGCCAGUGAGCGACCGUUCUGUGGUUGUCGUCGGGGCAAGGCUGGACACCUUCUCAAUGUUCGAUGGCCUCGCACCCGGUGCUCACUCAUCAGUGUCGAGUUUUGUCACAUUGCUCAUAGCGGCCCAGAUGCUUAACCAACUGAAGGUGGCCCAGAAACCAGAGUUUGUGAAGAACAAUGUCCUCUUUGUUUUGUUUAAUGGAGAAGCCUUUGACUACAUUGGCUCUAGUCGAAUCGUGUACGACAUGGAAAAGGGCCAGUUCCCACUUGUCAACCAAUCGGGGUCGGCCAAAGUGCAGCCGGCAAAUCUGGCCCUGAAGCACAUCUCUCACUUUGUGGAGCUCAGCCAGGUGGCGCCACUGGGAGAGUCCAGCACCAUUUACCUGCACACAGAUCCUGUCUCGACAGGCUCUGCUGAAGUGAACCAGACGGUGAAGGACCUGGUUGAGCAGAUCAAAAGGGCAGCAGAAGCCCAGCCUCUGGAGCUCACUGUAGAAGCAUCGCCCCACGAGCAGCCAUUGCCUCCAUCAUCAGUACAGCGCUUUCUGAAGAAGGACAAAAACAUUGCUUCUGUGGUCAUCACCAACCACAACAAGCAGUUCCUAAACAGGUACUACAACAGCUACCUUGACACCUGGGAAAACCUGAACUCUACCGGGUGGGACCUGCAGGCAGUGGCAAAACAACUGACCAAACUGGCUGCGGCUGUGGCCUCUGCUGUCUUUAAGGUCAUCACAGGGGAGGAUGCCAAGGGCCUCGCCUUGGACAAGUUCAGGACGGUGGAACUCCUGGAGUGUUACGUUCUGAAUGCUUCGUGCGCCCUGUUCGGUGAAGUCACAAACAAAGCAUCUGUGUCAGCUAUGAGAAGCAAACCAUUCCCUUUGUAUGUGAGUGUGGAUCCAAACGGCCGCACAAUCAAUCCGUCCACUGUCCUGACCCGGCUGGUCAUGGCCUACCUCACGGGGGAGCAUCUCAAGAAGGUCACCAAAGAGAACUGCAGCUCCCUUGCUGAUUCAGACAAGCUCCAGCAGUACAUCUGGAUGGAUGGCCCAGAUACGAACGAGACAGGCUUGUGUGUGCGGUCAACCACAAUGAUGACACUGGCACGUUCCCCGGCACAUGAACUCAAAGACUGGAGCACACGGGAGUACUCAACAUGGACUGAGAGCGUAUGGGAGGAGGCGUCGCUGCAGGUGUUCCUCAUGCCCAGCUUUCGGCAGGAGGUGUCCGUCCUCAUCGGCGGCAUCGCCGUGUUCCUCGUCUCCCUGCUCACCGUGCACUGCCUGAACCAGAAGGCCCUAGUGUUGUUCACGCCACGCGCCCUGGUGGGCAUCUAGGGAAGCGACACAAAUCACAUUGCUUUGGCCGACUGGACAAGCUACCAGGCAGGCGACAAUAGUGGUCAUCUGCCACCCCCUGCUGAACUCUAAAGGCAUGCAACCACCCCAGGACAGUUAAAAAAAUUGACCCCCGCCCCCCUCUCUACUUCUUUAUUAAGUUCAUUAACUGCCCUUCCUUACUUUCUAGUUCUGUUUUUUAAUUUUGGUACUGUUCUGACUUAAAAAGUAUUUUGCGUGAGAUGGUUAGCUUGUGUCUCAUUAUGCGUCGCAUUGCAUAGAGCUGUGGAAGCACUUCAGGGAAGUUGUUAUUGUUUAAAACUUUGAAAUUGGGUGUUGCUCGUCGCUUGUUUAUGGGCCUGUUUCUCUCUGUGUGCAAAAGGCAGGUGUACAAGACACAGACACAAGAAGAAUGAAAAGGACAGCACAUGUGGCAGCUGUUAACUGAAAGGUCAUGCCUCUGUUUGGCCUUUCAGUUAGUUGUCGUCUUUUGCCUUGCCCUCUUAAUUCCUCUUGUGUCCCUGUUUUGCAUGCAUGUAUUUUCAAACCAUGAGCUCCUACUAAGUUUCUCAGCUUUCUGUCAUUCUAAAUGCCUUUGUGUGGUUAGCAGGCUUUUAAGCUUCAUUUCUGUUAUGAAUGAUAUAAUUAAUUUUUUGUAAGAAGGCAGUGUUUCUGCAAUUUCUGCUUGCACAGGUUAACACCUCUGGACCACAUGCCAAAAACAAAAGCACAGAGAGUUGACAAUGAGUACGAAGUCGAGGAAUAAUGCUCGUAGCCAAAGUCGCAGUAUUACCAUGCUACCACAUGGGAUAGUGCAUAUUUUGUAAGCUCUUUGGUUUCUUGUAGCAGUCCACAAAAUGCCUUUUAGGAAACUUGAAUAUAGGUGUAGCCAUCGUCAAUAUCAUUUCACAAAAGAAACAUGAAAUUUGCUAGCAGCUUGAGCUCUGGGUAUAAGAGAAGAAUUGGCAGCAUUUCAUGUGUUGCACUUUAGCACCUGGUAUUUUUUUUUUGCUGCUUCAAAGUAAGUGGGCAGUGCAAGAUUGUUUUUCAUGUCAUGCUUGUUUUGCAUGUUUUAUUACAGCUGCCUUGAUGUGCACAUCAAUCAAGUAAAUCCAGUUAAAGAUCACAUCUUGUCAGCUUUAUUUAUUGUCUGUUAAGCUUUGAUUCUACAACUUGUGAAGUAUCAAAACAUGUGUAAAGGGUUUUAGGUUCCAUAUCAGCAGAAUUGUUAUGUGCAUUCAUUCCCACCUUAAUUUUUGUUGCACAUAAACACAAAAUUUAAGUGUGGCCCACACCUUCACCUUGACGUUUUUUUUUUUUUUUUUUUUUUUUAAUUUGUGGUGCGGCUUACGUGAACAAACAUAUGCUAUGUCAUCUAUAGAACCAACUUCACAGCUUGACAGACAGAGAUAUUGUGUAUGUGCAGUUUCUGUGUAUAUGUGUUUGCUUCUUAAACUUCACUGUCUCAAUGAAGCCACCAGGUGCUAGUCAAAGCAGUUGGAAUGCAGCUUUCUCUAUCUUUGCCAUCUAGGUACAGUGAGCAGCUGUUAAGCGAUGCAUUGCUGCUCAGAGAACAAAUUUCUGUGGUUAUUGUGGCUCUUCCUGCAGCAAACAAUAGCCCAACAGAAUUGGCUUUAUUGGGCGCAGUGUCACACAACCAGCUAAUUUUGCAGUUAGGCUAACUGCUAGACUUCCUUUAGAAAGAAAGCUUUCUAUUUGAAAUUUGUUGGUUCCAGGAAUCAAAUCUGACACCACCACUUUUUUGGUAUUUGCUAUAUCGAGCUGACCAGAAGGUUAGCCAAUAGUACUGCAAUUGCAAAUUAAUUAAUAGCUCAAAGCACAGGGAGCAAAGCCUCAUUUUUAUAGGCUUGCUCGCUCUUUUGCUUUAGGACUACAUUGACAACUGGUACAUAAGAAUGUUAAAUGUAUGGUACUUUGCUGCACACAUCUCUGCAUUGCUUUGUUCUGUGCAGCUGAGUUGCUGUCAUUUGAUUAGUGGCCCAAUUAUUGCAUGAAUGUAGGAAGAAUAGGAAGAAAGUUAGUACAGCAGUUGGUAUUGGUGGUAAGCCAUGAGUCACUUGCAGUUGCAAACAAUGAAAUACCUUUCUGGUUAAAGCUGUGAACAAAGUGCAUGGACAUUAACUUGACGUGGACUCAGUGAUAGUUCGUUGACUUGGACUCACUCCACGCUUGAGCCUAGGUUACUCUGUUUUGUGAACACUGGUAUUGCUUAUACAACUUGAGGUUUCACCAACAUUAGUGAAGCAAAUGCUGUGGCACCUUCUGACUUUCACAUCUGUUAUGUUUGUAGAUUCUCAUAGCAUGGCACUGUGCUUGUGGCUUUGCAACAGAAACAAGCUUGAAAGAAUAAAUCAGUGCUGCACGUCUGAGUGCCUACAUUAACGUGGUUGCUACGCCUGCUAACAAACAGGUGCAAGUUGUGUGUUGCAGAGUGGGUGUGUUUAACUAGUGUUACAUAACUGCAGACCUUCAUUUACCUUCACAUUCAGUUGUCCUGUCAGUCCAACAAACAGUAUUAAUAAGCAGUGCUGCAUUUGAAAAACUUUGUUCCCAUUGCUUUGGUGACCUCUCCUUGCUCGCGCUGUUUUGUUGAUAGCUUCUUUUUUCAUCAGAAUGGUCCCACAUGCGACCCUUUUUAUGGGAUGUCGUGAAACCGUUUGCGUCUCACAACAUCUCACAUCACACUGUGUGCUACAGCCAAAAAAAAAUAUAUUUUUUUUUUUCUAAUCAAGAGUGUUUGUCCAUCGGGGGUUGCCUAUGAAUGUGCCUGUGUCAGCAUGGGGGAAUGUGGGCUUUUAUUCCUGCCGUGCUUGGGCUCAAAGCUGCUGACCCAGGGCAUCUCCUUGCACAUUUUGACAGCGAUCGGUUACAGCAGCGUUUUGCUCCCGGAUGACAACUCCAGGCGAACCUUGAUACAGUGAACUUGGAUAUAACAAAUUCUCUUAUACAAAAAAGUAAAUCUAAAAUGUUUCUUGCCUAUACCAGCCUAUAAUGAAUACAUGCCUGUAACGAGUAUUGGAUUUAAUGAAAGUAUUUGUGUGCUGGAUGUGGACUCAUUAUAGCUUGUCUUCAAGGAAUGAGGACGAAAGUGACAACUGGGAGCUUUUCUCAGACACCAAAAAAAAUAAUAAUAGUAGACUGCACAAGGGGUUUCUCAUUAAAUGACCACUGCUGCUGCUGAUCGUUCUUGUCGGGUGCGGGAGAACUGGGCAGAGAAAAAAAGUGCCUUUGUCUGCCAAACUACUGUGAUUUGUGUGAAACUCUUGAAAUGCCAACAAGAUGCGACUGAGCAAACAAAGCUCAUUGUGUGAAGUCCAUUCCAUGAAAUCAUUGCAUCACUUGUGUAGGUGCAGUGAUCAUCACAAACUGUCCUCCAUUGAGGAGGUACAUGUAAUUUUUUAAAUCCAUUUUGAAGUGUGCAUCCUUUAGAAGUGUAUGAGUCUUUUCUUAUUCUAGGACAUGCGGGUGUGUUUGAUGCUAUGUAUAAAGUGUAUUAUAUUAUACACUAUAUUAAUUUCUCUUCCAGAAGUGCAUAUGUGUAGCAUGAUGAUAAAAGUGUGAUAUUUAUUGGAAAAAUCCCUGCAUGUGGAGUUCUUAGUAUACCAUGUUCAAAAUGGAAGUGAAGCACACUGCUGUAUUUGAAGCAGUCUAGACUGUGUUUCAAGAAAUUGAAAUCACAAAGAAAGCUAUGUUUUAAUAUGUAGCAUGUGAGACUUAAGUUAAUGUGUCUGGAAUUGCUUAUAAAUCUUGCUGCUUUCAUGUAACUUUUCCCGUCGCCUCUUAUUUUUGUAGUCACGUUGUUCACACAACCAUGUGUUUGUUGCUGAUGUGUGCUUGUCCUAGAGUAUGUGUAAUAGUCUAGUCCCGGAAAAUUCACCCGCAACUCUUCAAUAUGAACAAUUUUUGUAAGGCUUGCAACUGUUUGCAGUUGCAGACUUCUUCACCAGUGUACAGUAAAACCUCGAUAUAAGAAACUCGAAGGGUCAACUCAAAUUCAUUAUAUCGAUUACUCUGUUAUAUCUGUUGUCCGUCCUCACAGCCAACAAUGCUUGAGGCGGGGUGUGGUCACUUACGACUGGGUAAGCCGAAGACGAUACAAAAGCUUGCAGAGUAUUGCUGAUAACUGCGAUAGGUUGUUUUCCUGCCGCAGCUUCGUCCGUGAGGUUAUGCAUUCUUCCAUGCAGCUGUCAAUGCUAGUCCAUCACCACCGUCGUCAGAUGCUCAGAAGUAGUGGUACAACAAGUCUAUCAGUGCACGAAGUCAGAGGCUUGCAGCACUCUGCUGUUGCAUUCACAUAAUUCUGAAACUGCCUUGCAAUCACCAAGAACACGAGACCAUAAUUUGUAUUUUAUAACGAUCCAUUUCAUUUUUCAUUGUUACCAUUUGCCAGACCUGGUUGCUUAUCCCGGGGAUAACAACAGUGUCACUUCCUCUGAACCCGUAACAAGGGGUGGUAAGAAGUGUAUCGUUAGACAACAGAGCCCCAGGAUGCGAAAAACCUCUUGGCUGUGUGUGCACAGUGGUUUUUAACACGGCCGCGGCUAGAUUGUGUAACAUGCACCAAGCAUCUUUGAUCCAUGUACUUCUAGCCACGUGUCCCACUGCUCGCACUUAGUUUCAGGGUAAUAGUUCAUGAUUAUGAACCUCAACCAGUGCACAGCAUAUUGCAUCCACAGAGCCCUCCACAGAGCACAGGCAAGUGCAGUGGCAAGGUGACAAUGGUAGUGUGUGGGCGGGGCUGCUAACUUGGCAGCGCGGCCAGUUUUGUACAGCGCCAGGUCACCGACAGGUUGCGGUAGUCAAACCAUUGCAUCAAACGAGUUGUAUCAGCAGCAUCUUGCACCACCAGAUUUAAUCCUAAUCAGUACAAAAUAGUCAUUAAAUCUUCAUUAUGAGCUAAAGAAAGAUUAGUUACAUCCAAUUGUAGGAAACCUUUGCUUCACUGAAACAAGGCUUUCUAUGUACGGGUUUCUAUAGGAAGCUUAAGACUAAUUACAAGAUCACUUCAUUAUAUACAAUAAGUUGUUAUGACCCACUUUCUUAUAACGAGGUUUCACUGUAUUCAGAACCAUAUUCACAGCCACGGUUCUGUAGUUCUGCUUUAGAUUAAUAAAUUAACUAUCAUAGAUGUUUCUUUUUCACAUUACUAAGAUCAAUUGUUAAGUUGCUAUUACCAAAUUUUCUUUACAAUGCUCGCUACUUUCUGUGAGUAUGGAGCUUGUGCACUGAAGCUUCUUUAGGCACUUUACAAAGAUGUAACAUGGUGUGCCAAUAUGAAAGUGAACACCUCUCGGCACUGAAGCAGAAUUAUUUCAGAAGUGCGGCUGCAAACCUCACUCGGUAUUGCCUGCUAAAUAGCUUAUCUUCAAGAACCUGUCCUUUCACAGCUUCUUGGUUUCAAUGCAGAGACAAGGACAAGAAACCAAUCUCUUCUCACAGUGAGCUCCACUAUGUUAUCACUAGUUAUGGAUGCCAGUAAUGGUAGUGCUUAGCAAACUGAAUGGCAGCCAUGGCUGGGCGAUCAUAGCACGAGUUACUUUUUUUAACUUGUGGUUUAUUGGGUGCACUUGCACCAACACACCAUCAGAAUCCACUUGUAAAAAUUGCAGUGCAGCUGGCCUUGGUUUUAAACUCUGCUUGCCUCAAGCCCAAGUACAGUGUAAAAGCAAUGAGGACUUCAGGGUGUCAAAGGGCUGCCAUUACAGAUGCGUGUGCGCUAUUGGUGUUGCGAGAUCGAAUGCAGGAAUGUGCUGUCUUGAUUGCAAUUCAUGUGUUCCCUUUCGUAUUGAUCCUUACUGCUGCUAUGUGCUGCUGCAGUGACGCAAACACAGAAGAGCAGCAUUCACUCUUGCUUUUGAUGUUGCCAUGCUCCAGUUUUCGAAGGAAAGGUUGCUGGUUUCUCAAGCAGUGUAUUUAAGCAUGUCAGUUACUGGAGAUUGCUGGGAAAGGCCUUCAUCAUGCAGUCAACGUAAAAUAGGCUGAUGACGAUGACUCAUACGGUGCACUGAGGCAUGACAUGCCAGAAAAAACGCUAAAGCCAAGGAAGAGGUGGUGAUACGUGCACCUAAAUAUUUUCAUUCUAGCUGCUCUUAAAAUUUCGUAAAUUUUGGUAGCAUCACUCCUCAGGGCUACCUAAUUGUUUGCCAAUAACAGGAUUGUACAUACUGAAUAGGAAAACUGAGAAAAACACAGCCAAAUUAAUCUCAUAAACAUUUCUUCCACCAAAUAGAGCCCAAAUACACAAAGAUUUAGUGACAUUUAGUGACACAAAGAUUUAGUCAUCUCCUGGCAUGAAGUCUAGCAAGAAAAACAAUUUGCCUUCAUUUGGACUGCUACAAGUCCUUCUCGGCUGAAGAAAUGCUGACAGAGUUUCAUACUAGCAGCGUACCAGUCAUAAAAUGAUUUUGUCUGUUCCUCUAAUGUGUUUUAUGGCUUUAUGGCAAUCACUUCAUGUGCACUGCUUUGAUCUGUGCUUUGCAUAUCACAUAUAGGGAAAACAAAACACAAAUGUGGACAUUUUUUACUAUUUCAUGCUUUCCUGGGCACUUGUUUUCAGGCUGCACUGAUUGGAUGAAAACUUGAAAUGUUGCACCUUGCAGCCUAUCUACAAACCUGUGAUCAUGUCACAGCCCAAAGGAGGAUUGGAAAAGUAACAGAGCUGUAAUACUAGAGUUAUGAUUGCUUUUCUAGAGUGACCUGUACAUUAGAGCCAGGAUAAUGCAACAAUUCUUAUUUUUUUUCUCUUUUUGCACUUCGUCACUGGUCCAAGCAGGGCUCUGCCUACAUUGAAACUAUGAAAGGAAUCGAAUUGAGCGAAAGGAAUCGCUACAUUCUUCCUGCCCACAUUUGAGUUAUCGAGAGCUCUUAACACUGGUGUCUUUAUGAGCCAUUACAGUGCACAUUUGCCUAAGAUUUUACAGGUUAUCUGUUGCACAUUGCAACUUUUAUUGGUUUCUUCAGCCAUUGUGUAUUAGAGAGAGCCUCUUUAAUUCACUGCAUUAGGCCUGGUAAGGCCACCAGUCCUUGCAUCAGGAGAUGGUCAGAUUCUACUAACCUUCAUUGACCAUUUCUUCUAGAUGUUGGCCAGCUACAGAGCAUGGUGAUGUUAAAAGAAUGACACAUAGAAAAGUAUUCAGAAGGACGCUCAGUUACAACAAAUUUUUGUUUUUGGUGAGUGCGGACAUAUACAACUAAACCAAUCUAGUACAAUUUGCACUAAUGAUGUAACUAAAACAGCAACAAUUGAAACAUAAUCUCUUUUUUUUUUCAUCACCUUGUGCACCAAUAACCUUGGGUGCAAUUUGUACAUAUGCAAGGUUCUUUAAGAAUAGGGAAUAGGUUUACUUGUUUUAUUCAGGAGCUUGAUUACAUGUGAUGGAGUGCACUUCUAUAAGUUAGAAACUGUAUAUAACUAUUAUAUGCUGUUCAACUGUACUUGUGAUUGUGCUGAUAAAAUGGAUCCUAUGAAUGCUUAUAGGUAUACAUUUUUAGCUGGUCCAUAGAUACAUGUAAUGCAUGUAGUAUAAUAAUGGAGAUAUUGCUGAGGAUCACUCGACUUUUGGCAGUAUUCCUUAAUGUACUUAAUAAAAUAGGUGAUCAGUUCUGCUAACUAUGAAUGAUCAGUCAUUGGAAGCUAUUUCAAGCCUUUCACAUGAAGACGUGGCUGUGAAUGUGUCCAGUUCUUGAAAGAGAGCAAAAAUUUAAGCACAUACCACAUUUCCUCUAGUGCUACGAUUUCACCAAGAUUGCAAAUAGUUGCAAGGUGCAAAUGGCAUGAUACAUUUUUUUACAACAGUGAAAGUAGGCAUUACUUUCACCUUAUUUGGCAUGCUGUACAGUGAAACCCUUUGUGUAAUUACCAUGUGAAGUUGCAGGCCAGAAUGGCUGCACAUUUCUGCUGUAAAGCAACAGCCCUUUAUUAUUUUUCUUUUUUUUUUUGUCCAUAGUUGCAUUUGCAAAUAUAGGGCACAUUAUUGCUGAAGUGUAUGAUUGUAUCUGUGUUAAUGAAUGCAGUCAUGACUCGCAUGUGGCUUUACUUCUACUGUGUGAAAAUGCUUGUUGAACAAGCUUGUUCAGAAACUGCAGUGCUGUUUUGCUCACCUCGCUUUGUAUUAAACUUGCAUGAAAAGCCA